AUGCCUUUGCUACAAGAGAGCACACCGAAGAGAGAUAUCCUCAACGGCAAGGAAAUGAAAGUGGAACCGGAAGAAAACCCCCUCAACUCUCCGUUUCCACCGGUGGGUUACCCAGCCUUUCCCGGCGCAUCGAUGUUUACCCCCUCGCAGCUCCUGAUGGCCAGCCAACUGAUGGCAGCUUCGGGACUGUCAAUUUCGAAUCCCGCUUUCUUCCAUCCCGGUCUCUUGCCGCUUGCCUGGCCUCCCAACUCACCACCGUCUCCUCCCACCAGUACCGAGCAACUCUCUCCCGCUCAGAAAGUGAGAAAACUAAAUAACAACAACAACGUCGUGAGCAGUAGCACGCAGAUCGACGUAAAAAUUCGGAAAUGGAAGACGGAAGAGCCGUUACCUUCUCCUACGAGUAGCGUAUCACCUCCCUCGGGAGGGGACGGGAAGGAGGCGAAUAAAGAUAAACAAUUCACUUGCGGCGUGUGCAAUAGGUCGUUCGGUUACAAACACGUUUUACAGAACCACGAGCGAACUCACACCGGCGAAAAGCCUUUCGAAUGUCCCGAAUGUCAUAAAAGAUUCACCAGAGAUCACCAUCUGAAGACCCAUAUGCGUUUGCAUACGGGCGAGCGUCCGUAUCAUUGCGAUCACUGUGAUAGACAAUUUGUCCAGGUUGCCAACCUUAGGAGGCACUUGAGGGUUCAUACUGGUGAACGGCCUUACUCUUGCGAUCACUGCUCCGCGAAAUUUUCUGAUUCUAAUCAACUCAAAGCGCACGUAUUGAUCCACACCAACGAAAAACCAUUUUCAUGUGAUAGGUGUCACAGUAGAUUCCGUCGAAGGCAUCAUUUGAUGCACCACAAGUGCGGAAUGGCUUCCGAAACUGACACAACACUGGAUAUGGAGGAACCGGAAGAGGAGACGAGACCAAGACGUGUCCUCCACCCUCCAAAUACUCCCUUGAUGAGUCUCCCUCUACAGGUGGCGUUACCUGAACAGACCGAGCCAGAGGACCUCAGUAUGAGCACCGGCAUGAACUCGAACAGUAGCGGGGUAGGUUCUCCCAUGUCCAGGAGCCAUAGUUCUCGGGAGGACCUUGAAGAAGAGGAGCUGGACCCUCACGAAUCGGCGUCGUUUUUUUUACAAAAGAGGCCGCUGAGUCACUAG